AUGGUUCUAUUCAUAAAUUCCAUCCGCUAUUAUGUGGAAAGAUUCUAUCAUCUUUUUAGACAUACUCUUAGAUAUAUUAGAGAUACCUUUUGUAGAUUCAUUAGAUAUGUAAGAAAUUAUUUGAUUAAAACCUCUCCGGAAAGGGAUGAGUUAAUGAAGGAUUUUCAAGAAUCUGCAUUGGUGUUCGAAGAAUCCUAUGAAUCAUCGGGUACUCAAACAGAAUCUCAAGCCUAUGUUUCAGCAACUACUCAAUCGGAGCUUAUGACCUCUGAGUCAUCAACUACUCAAACAGAAUCCCAAGUCUAUGAUUCAGCAACUACUCAAACAAAACCUAGGACAUAUAAUCCAGCAAUUACUCAAACAUAUUCCCAAACUUACCAUUCGACUGACACACAAACAGAGCAUUCUUCUGAUGCAUAUUAUUCUGCUAAUAGUCAACCAGAACAUUCCUCUGAAGCUUACUAUUCUGCCAAUAUUCAACCAGAACAUUCUUCUGAAGCAUACUAUUCUGCUAAUAGUCAACCAGAACAUUCUUCUGAAGCUUACUAUUUUGCUAAUAGUCAACCAGAACAUUCAUCUGAAGCAUACUAUUCUGCUAAUAGUCAACCAGAACAUUCAUCUGAAGCAUACUAUUCUGAGUCUAGUAGUUUGUUUACUAAUUUGGGAAGUAGAAAAUGA